AUGGUUAGGGAAAUAUCUCCAGCAAAGGUGCAGGCACCUCGGCCAGAAGAGCCUAAAGAUCAAUAUCGAUCCUCCCAAAGCAAUGCCGCAAAUCAUUUAUCAAACAUUCCUAGAUUCGGAGAAGCUACACUCCCACAGUCCCCACUGAACCGUAAAUCUCAGCAACAAUACUCUGAGUUAUUCAUCCAACCAAAAUCCCGUCCCGAAUUUCACAGAGAUACAGAAAAACAUACACAUCCACACUUACAGGCAGCAAAGGAUGCUGCCCGAAAGAUUAUCGACCCUUUUAUGCCACGAGCUCCAGCCGAUUACAACAAGCCAGCAGUUCGUGCACCGGUUCCAGGUUCAUCGUCUUAUGCAACAACUCACCCUGCACCUCAACCUACUUUUGGAUCCCUUCCAAACAGUAAUGGAGGCUUCCAAUCCAUAAACACCUAUACAUCCAACAACUACGUAGAUCUUACCACGUCUAAGCCGAAUUACAAUGAGACACACAUCUAUGUUGAUCCUGCAAAGGCACAAGAAGAUUUAAAAGCACUUCUGGAGGGCGUUAUUGAGGAUGAGGAAGAUACAAAACCUAGAACCAGAUCACGCAGAAAGAAGAAGGAUGCAGAGGUAGACGACUUGAUGGUACAAAUGAAUGGGCUAAAUGUCGAAUCGGAUGAAAAGCUCGAAGUUGCAUCGGAAGACGAAGAAGAAGAUGAUGGGACUGUCGAAGGAAUUAAUGUAAAAUUACUUCCUCAUCAAGUUGAAGGUUUAGAAUGGAUGAUUGGGAGAGAGAUUGGUACAGGAAAGAGAGGCAUAGUACCAAAAGGAGGCAUUCUCGCCGAUGACAUGGGUUUGGGAAAGACAUUACAGUCGAUUUCACUCAUUCUAAGCAAUCCAAAACCAUCAAGUUCAGACGAAACUCGCAGUAAACGCAAAUUACCUUCCGGUCUGGACAAAUGUACUUUGGUUGUUGCACCUCUUGCACUUAUUCGACAAUGGGAAGCUGAAAUCAAAGACAAGGUUGAAAGCAGUCACUCUCUUCGUGUGUGUGUUCAUCAUGGUCCUCAACGUACGAAACGAUUCCAGGAUCUCAGGAAAUAUGACGUUGUCAUUACAACUUAUCAAAUUCUUGUUUCGGAAUGGGGUAAUUCGUCCAAGGAUGAUGAUGAUGAAGGUGUAAAAGUCGGCUGUUUUGGCAUACACUGGUACAGAGUCAUUCUUGAUGAGGCCCAUACCAUCAAAAAUCGAAACGCCAAAGCUACACAAGCAUGCUAUUCUCUUCGGAGUCACUACCGCUGGUGCUUGACAGGAACGCCAAUGCAGAACAACUUAGAUGAAUUGCAAAGUCUCAUCAAAUUCUUGAGAAUUAAACCAUACGAUAAUCUCCGUGAAUGGAAGGACCAAAUCGAUCGACCAAUGAAAAAUGGUAGAGGUGAUGUCGCAAUCAAGCGUCUUCGUCACUAUUUGCAAAUUUUCAUGAAGCGACGCACCAAGGAAAUCUUAAAGAAGGAAGGAGCUCUGAAUCCUGGAGGGAAGCCUUCGGUUGCUGGCCAAGCCAAUUCAACAGGGUUUAAGGUCGUCGAGCGUAAAAUCGAGAAAGUAUUUGCCGAAUUCUCCCCAGAAGAGCGCAAAUUUUAUGAAAGAUUGGAAGCACGUACCGAUGCAAGUAUCGAAGAAAUGAUGGGUGGGAGCAAGGUCAACUAUGCAAGUGCGUUGGUAUUGCUGUUGCGUCUGAGACAAGCUUGCAAUCAUCCAAAACUUGUGGGAAAUAAAUUGGGCAAAGAUACCGAUGCUCUUUCAGCAGAAACUAGCAACGCCAAAUCAAAAUCAACAACUGACUUUGAUGAGAUGGCAGAUAUGUUUGGUUCUUUGGGUGUAGGCUCCAAGAAGUGUGAGGUUUGUCAAAUCGGGCUUGGUAAAGAAGCUAUUUCACAAGGUGCUAUUCGUUGUUUGGAUUGUGAAGCAGAUUUGGACGAGAUAUCUGGUAAGAAGCUCAGCCCGAAGAAAAAGACGAAGGAAGAGAGGAGCAAGAAAGAUAAGAAGCACAAGGCAUCUAAGCCAGUUCCAAUUCGUAAGCCUAGGAAUAGGAAUAUCAUUGAAGAUAGUGAUGACGAGGAAGAAGGUGAAUGGCUUGUCGGAGAUAAGAAACGUGGUGCUCUUACUUUAGGAAAGGCUGGUGGAAAAGAAGACGAGAAUUGUGAAGGUGGCGGUGAAUGGCUUGAUUCAGAUCAUGAUUCAGAUCUUGAUGAUUCUUUCCCUGAUAUUAAAGAUAUUGGCAAGAAGAAGGUUGUCAGUCUUGAUAGCGAUGAUGAAGAGACUGCCGAUGAAUCAUUCGAGGAGUCGGAAGAAGAGGAUUCGGAAGAAGAUGAGUCCUCUGAAGAGGAGGAAGAAGAAACGGAUGUUGAGGAUGAAUUUGGUUCUUCCGACGAAGAAGCUGAGCUUUCUAGAGUUGCUGCAUCUACUAAGAUUACACAUUUGAUGAAAAUCCUAGGGAAGGAAGCGGCUCAGCAUAAAUUCAUCGUCUUUUCACAGUUCACGUCAAUGUUGGAUCUUGUUGAGCCAUUCUUACGCCAAAAAGGUUUCAAAUAUACUAGAUAUGAUGGUGGCAUGAAGAACGAUCUUCGUGAAGCCAGUUUGGACAGACUUCGUAACGAUGAGAAUUGCAGAGUUUUACUUUGUAGUUUGAAGUGUGGUUCUCUAGGACUCAACCUUACAGCUGCUACUCGAGUAGUUAUUCUCGAGCCAUUCUGGAACCCUUUCGUUGAGGAACAAGCCAUUGAUCGUGUACAUCGUCUCACGCAAAAAAUUGAUGUUGUUGUUUACAAAAUUACCAUCAAAGAUACAGUUGAGGAGAGAAUUUUACUUCUCCAAGAAAAGAAACGAGAGCUUGCAAAUCAAACCAUCGAAGGUGGUAAAGGUGGUGCCGGCAAAUUGGGCAUGAAAGAAAUUCUUCAAUUAUUUAGAAGAGAUGCUGAACAAGCCCCACCUGCUACUGGUGCGUAUGAUUUAGGUGCGAAACCUAGAAUCCUAAAAGAGUCCGCAAGUAGGAGUCCAAGUAAGAGUGCGGCAAAUUUGAAUAGUUAUGGUUCACAAACUGCGUCGGCACCAAGAAAGAUUGCACCAACUCCAUUUCAAGCUAAGAAAAUAGAAGAUUCGGUUUAUGGUAGAAGAUGGUGA